AUGCCCGUCGCCAACCAGGCGUUGUACCCGGUGGUGGAGCACUUGACAGAGUCGCAGGAGCUGACUUUAAAAAAGUUAAAACGAGACACCAACAUGGAAGAACCAACCACCUUUGAAAAAGAAUUGGUCAACAUGACAGCAAGUGCUGGAGCCGAGGACCAGGAGCAUCAGAAAUGGGACAGACCUCCGCUUGAUCCAGACUUUUUCAACCAUGACAUAAGUUUCCAGCAGUUGGAUGCUGAAGAAACCCAUCUCAAUGAUGAUACAAUUGCCAGAUUUUUUGGUAUUACAGAUAAAGGGAACUCCAUCUUGUGUAACGUGACUGGAUUCUUGCAUUACUUGUACGUUCCAGUUCCAAGAGGGUUUUCUGUUGAUGACAACAUGAACACCUUCAAGAAUUACCUCACGAAUUCCUUUGAAGGUAUAAGAGCUAUUGAGGUUUCAGCAAAGGAGUCUAUUUGGGGAUUUAAUAACAAUAUCAAGGUUCCAUUUUUCAAGAUCUUCGUCAACAAUGCUAGAAACAUUUCCCGGUUACGGGGGAUGUUCGAAAGGGGUGAGGUCCAUUUUGAGGAGCUUUUUCCGAUGGGAACCGUCACGUACGAUAACAUUAAUUACUUAUUGAGAUUGAUGGUAGACUGCAAAAUUACCGGAAUGUCAUGGAUAACGUUACCCAAAGGCAAGUAUCACCUACAGAAAGAUGAGAACUUAUUCCAAUCGACUUGUCAGAUUGAGUGUUCUAUCAACUAUAAAGACUUAGUGACCCAUGCAUCGGAAGGAGAAUGGUUGAAAAUGGCUCCUUUACGUAUUUUGUCGUUCGAUAUCGAGUGUGCUGGAAGAAAAGGUAUCUUCCCCGAGGCAGAGCAUGAUCAAGUAAUUCAAAUUGCCAACGUUGUCCUGAACUACGGAGAACCUAAACCAUUCGUGAGAAAUGUAUUUACAGUCAACUCAUGUUCGCCUAUUAUUGGGUCUCAGAUCUUCUCCCACGAAAAAGAGGAUGAAAUGUUCAUGCAUUGGAAAGAGUUUGUCUUGAAAGUUGACCCAGAUGUAAUUAUUGGUUAUAACACUUCCAAUUUUGAUUUACCUUAUUUAUUGGACAGAGCAAGAGCUUUACACUUGCCAAAAUUCCCUUAUUUUGGAAGAAUGAAACAGAUCAAACAAGAAGUAAAGGAUUCUGUUUUCAGUUCCAGAGCUUAUGGUACCAGAGAAAACAAGGUCAUAAAUAUCGAAGGAAGAAUGCAAUUGGACUUGUUGCAGUUCGUUCAGAGAGAAUACAAAUUGAGAAGUUACACAUUGAACUCUGUAUCGGCUGAAUUCUUAGGUGAACAAAAAGAAGAUGUACACCACUCUAUUAUCACGGAUUUACAAAACGGUGACGCUGAAACUAGAAGAAGGUUGGCUGUCUAUUGCUUGAAAGAUGCCUAUUUGCCCUUAAGAUUGGUUGAAAAAUUGAUGUGCUUAGUCAACUACACAGAAAUGGCCAGAGUCACAGGUGUUCCGUUCUCAUAUUUGUUAUCUAGAGGUCAGCAGAUCAAAGUCAUAUCUCAGUUAUUCAGAAAGUGUCUAGAGCAAGACAUUGUGAUCCCGAAUAUGAAAAGCGAAGGAACAAAUGAGGAAUAUGAAGGGGCAACGGUUAUUGAGCCUCUGAGAGGUUAUUAUGAUGUUCCUAUUACCACAUUAGAUUUCAGUUCUUUGUAUCCUUCUAUUAUGAUGGCACAUAACUUGUGUUAUACUACGUUGCUUAAUAAGCAAACCAUCAAAACAUUUGGGUUAAACGAAGAUGACUAUAUCUUAACUCCCAAUGGAGAUUACUUUGUUAAAGACAAUAAAAGGCAAGGCAUUUUACCCACGAUUUUGAAUGAGUUGUUGACUGCUAGAAAGAAAGCAAAGGCGGAUUUGAAGAAGGAAACUGAUCCUUUCAGAAAGUCCGUCUUAAACGGUAGACAAUUAGCCUUGAAGAUUUCUGCCAACUCUGUCUAUGGUUUCACUGGUGCAACCAUCGGUAAGUUACCUUGUUUGGCUAUCUCUUCAUCGACCACAGCCUUUGGAAGAGUCAUGAUCGAGAAGACCAAGAAUGAGGUUGAAGAGUUCUAUUCCAAGAAAAAUGGGUUUGAUUACGAUGCUAAAGUCGUCUAUGGUGAUACAGAUUCGGUCAUGAUCAAGUUUGGAUAUACUGAUUUGCUGAAGUGUAUGGAAUUGGGAGAGCAAGCAGCUGAAUAUGUUUCAUCCAAAUUUAAGAAUCCGAUCAAAUUGGAGUUCGAAAAGUGUUACUAUCCAUACUUAUUGAUUAACAAGAAGAGAUAUGCCGGUUUAUAUUGGACGAAUCCCAAUAAGUUUGAUAAAAUGGAUACAAAGGGUAUUGAAACAGUCCGGAGAGACAACUGUAGAUUAGUUCAAAACGUCAUCACGAAGGUUUUGGUAUUAAUCUUAGAAGAAAGAGAUGUGGGGAAGGCAGAAAGGUUUGUUAAACAAACAAUUGCUGACUUGUUGCAAAACAGGGUAGAUCUAUCUCAGUUGGUUAUAACUAAGGCCUAUUCCAAGCAGGAUUACGCUGCUAAGCAAGCACACAUUGUGUUGGCAGAAAAGAUGCGUAAAAGAGAUGCCGGUUCUGCCCCAACGUUAGGUGACAGAGUUGCAUAUGUUAUCAUCAAUGGUCCAGCCGGUGCCAAAAACUAUGAUAAAUCAGAAGAUCCCUUAUAUGUUUUGGAAAACUCCUUGCCUAUUGAUGUUAACUACUACUUGGAGAACCAAUUAUCCAAGCCUUUGAUGAGAAUUUUUGAACCUAUUAUGGGGGAUAAAAAGGCUAAGGAAUUGUUGACUGGUGACCAUACCAGAACCGUGAAGAGAGCUGCUCCGAAGAGUGGUGGUUUACUAAAAUUUGCCAGAAAGGCAGAAACAUGUAAGAACUGUAAGACUCCUUUAAAGCCUCACAACAAGGGCUUGCUUUGUGAGAACUGUAUUGAGGAAGGACCAAGGUUAUAUUGUAGUUCUUUGGCUCAGAUGAACUAUUUGGAAAACAAGUUCUCUAGGUUAUGGACCGAAUGUCAAAGAUGUCAGGGGUCUUUACAUCAAGAAGUUUUGUGCUCUAAUAAUGAUUGUCCCAUUUUUUACAUGAGAAAGAAGGCCCAGAAGGAUGUAUUUAUUCAAGGACAGGAGUUAAGCAAAUGGAAGGAUACCAUUUGGUGA